AUGCGUCGGGCGUCGCUGGAUCCGCUCGUGGUGGGCCGUGUGGUCGGAGACGUGCUCGACAUCUUCGUCCCGACUGCGGAGCUGGCGGUGCGCUACACCGCUCAGAAGAUCAGCAUCAACGGCGGCAAGGUCAAGCCGUCCUCCGCCGCCGAACGGCCCAAAGUCCGCAUCACCGGCGCCCCUAAUAACUACUACACUCUUGUCAUGGUUGAUCCUGACGCUCCUAGUCCGAGUGAACCCACAUUUAGAGAGUGGCUCCAUUGGCUAGUCAUAGACAUUCCGGAGGGAUCCGAUGCCAGUGAAGGGAAGGAGCUAAUGGCGUACAUGGGACCGCAGCCGCCGAUCGGGAUCCAUCGUCACAUAUUUGCAGCUUUCCGGCAGGCGGGGCUAAUGGAGACGGUGAAAGGGAAGCCGGCAGAGAGAGUACUUUUCAGUACGCGCCAAUUCGCGAGCGAGAAUCAGCUUGGUCUCCCCGUCGCGGCUCUCUACUUCAAUUCUCAGAAACAACCAGCCGGAAUCAAGAGACGUUAAAUAUUUAUAAACAGUCUCUUCCUCUCUACUAUGUUUCUCUCUUCCGUGACCUUGUGCGUAUGUAUUCAUUAUCAUAUACUGUAGUAUAUAUUAAUUGACGUAGGAGUCGUGUUUCUAAAAUGUUGCAUAUAAUUUUAAUUUAUUUUCUUUCUACUUUA